UAGCAAAGACACACUGGAUUCUGCGCGGUUGUUGAAUUAUAUAUUACCAUCUGAACUGUGUUGCCAGCAGUCGCUUGCAUCACUUUUAUUCCGGUUGCAUUUCAAGGACUAGUUAACCGGAAGAAUAACUGAUAUCGCCUUAAUGAGAGAUUUGUUGUUUUUGACAUGUGUCCUCCUCGGUUAGGUUUUUGAUGGAGAAGUUGCAGCUGUGUGAUUCAGCAGCUGAGUGACCAUGGACACCCUGUCCAACCACAGCUCCUACCUGCUGCAGCAGCUCCAGGAGCAGAGGAUCCAGGGGCUGCUUUGUGACUGCAUGCUGGUGGUCAAAGGUGUCUGCUUCAAAGCUCACAAAAAUGUCCUGGCUGCUUUUAGCUCCUAUUUCAGGUCUCUAUUCCAAAACUCUCCCAGUCAGAAGAAUGAGGUGUUCAACUUGGUCAUCCAGGAUGUCAGCGGCAUCGGCCAAGUGUUGGACUACAUGUACACCUCUCAUCUUGACAUCAACCAAGAUAACGUUCAAGCACUCCUGGACAUUGCUCAGUGUUUGCAGGUUCCAAACAUUCAGAGCAUGUGUAAUGCUUUCCUCAAGCCUUGUCCUCCACCAGUGGAAAUCCCGUCAUUUUCUCUCCCGGGCAUGCUGAGCUCUGACCACGACUGUCUCUUGGGGAGCAGUCUUUCUAAUGACGUUGAUCUCCACUGUCCAUCUGAAACCCAGAGGCCUGGUUACAGCAGUGACAUGGAUCACAACAAAAGGAUGCCAGUUUCUGUGCCUAGUAGCAGCUCAAACUGUGAAGGAGCUAGCAGCGCUCAAGCACCUGUUGAAAGACAACUUGUCCAUGGUUACAAGCUCCGUAACUUCUACAAUAAGCAGUACUUCAAACAAAGUGCAAUUCAGACUAAUAGUGCAGCCUCAAAUCAAGGACCAGGCCCUUUGGUGCUGGCAGAGGAGCAGCAGUGCCAGCUUGGGGUCAGUCAAGGAGACAGCCAUACUCCCGUAUGCUCAGGAAAUACAGUUCAGCCCAGUCCUCCCUGUACAUCUGUGGCCGUUGAAAAGAACCCCGUCUCCUCUUUAACGCCCUCGGAUAAUUUAAACACCCUCAGCUCUAACUCCACAGACUCCCUGCUCAACAAACCAGUGCGUCCAAAGAAGGCCGUGUACCUGAAGAAAUACAACUACCUCCGGUCUCAGAAAGCUUUGGAGGAGAUGUUUGCCGAAUCAGUCAGUGAACCCGUCCUCAGCCGCCCCAAAGAGAGUCACCAAGAAGAGUCUGUGGUCCAGAGUGAAGCUUCAGAAGCACCUGUGGAGGGCCUUAACACGGACAGGGAGGAGGUUACAGAGAUGCCAACAGAUGCACAACUUCCCACUCCUCCACCUGUGAACCAAGAAGAGCAAAGUCUGAAGACUGUGGCAGUGCCGCCGCCACAGCAGACAGGACACAAACAGUACUGUUGUGAGGUGUGUGGGAAGAUCUUCAAACACCCGAGCAACCUGGAGCUACACAAGCGCUCACAUACUGGUGAGAAGCCCUUUCAGUGUAAUGUUUGUGGCAGAAACUUCUCACAGGCUGGAAAUUUACAAACGCAUUUGCGGCGACAUUCUGGAGAGAAACCAUAUAUCUGUGAGUUAUGUGGUAAAAGCUUUACUGCAUCAGGGGAUGUCCAUCGUCACAAAGUGGUCCACACCGGAGAGAAGCCACAUCUUUGUGAUAUCUGUGGUCGAGGAUUUAACAACUUGAGUAAUCUCAAGGAGCACAAGAGGACUCAUGCCACAGACAAGACAUUCACAUGUGACCAGUGUGGAAAAUCCUUCAAUACUCACAGAAAGCUUCUGAAACACAAGGCCCGCCAUGCUGGGGAAAAACCACACAGCUGUGCCACCUGUGGCAAGUGCUUCAUCGGCUCAGGGGACCUGCAGCGUCACAUACGGUCACACACUGGUGAGAAACCCUACAUUUGUAAUGCCUGUGGAAAGAGCUUUACCCGCUCUGCUAUGUUGCGGAGGCACAGUAACAUGCACUGCAAGGGGGCUCCAACCGACAGUCCGGUCACAGACAGCUCUGACCCGCCUCGUAGCUCAGAUGGAGCAGCUUCAUUCCCUAAAACUGUCAGCCAUAGUAAACCUCCUGCUGCAACCAAUGAGCAGCAUUUCUCCAGUGUGAUGCCCCAUGCAGGCUUAGAGAAGCCUGCACCGCCUCCAACUUCACCACCACAACCAGCUCCACAUAUAGAGACUCCAUCUUCCAGUAUGCACCUGAGCCCAGCUCCUACCCCCACCUCCCUUCCAGAGCUGCGCUCACUGGUACCCCAUCACCUUCUGUCCUCCAACCACCAGGAGAGAAGUUCAGCUUUGACUGCCACAGACCACAUGAAGGUGGCCAAACCCCAUCUAUCUCAGGAGGCUGUCUAUGGGCCAUAUGUGGAGGAUGCCAAUAUGUCUGUGGAGAUGGGCAGAGAUCUGGUGGGGAGGUCUUACCUGCCUCCCACAGACAGUCACUGCACUUCCCUUACUUCUUCUGGUAGGUCCAACAGUGGCUCCUACAGGUCCAGUGAGGGCCAGUUUAUCUCCAGUGUAACUCUGUGGGGCCUGGCAAUGAAAACUCUGCAAAAUGAUAAUGACAUGGAGCAGUAAAAUGUUGUAUCAGCAAAGCACAUCAUAGCCACUUCAGAGCACUGUUCACUCGUGUUUACUUAGCUGAUUUUGAUUGUUACCACCCAGUAGCAUGUUAAAUGAAGCAAACAUGAGUUGGAAGAGCUUCCUAGUUUUUCGUAAAUGAAAGAAAUCAGGAAUCUUACUUUUGUCUUACGUUAGAUGGAUGAAAAAUGCUGUUGUGGUGCUCUUAAAGCUUUCGAGGACAAUGCUUCUCUGGAGGGUUUGUAUAUAUUGCACUGCACUUUAACAUGUAAACAUGCAGACCUAUUUUCAACUGUCACUGUCAGAUCCCUGUGUAUUAUAUAUUCAUAUGAGAAUAAAAAGUGUACAUCUUA